AUGGACGUCCAUUCGCCCUUCAACGUCCAUUUGGCCUUCAAGGCCUUAAUGGUUGUCCACAUUGUCCAGUUUGCCCUUGGGAUAGCAGUUUGUAUCCUGGUUGGUAACCACUUCCGGGCUGGCAAGGACACAAAUGUCCACCCCAUCAUAUUUAUCGGCGCCAUUGUCCUCGGCACCGCUUCUGCUGUCACGGCCGAGGUCUAUAUUCUUCGUGGCCCCCGGCCCAAAUACACUAUCUUCGUCGACAUGCUCCUCCUCAUCGGCUGGGCUUUGCUCUUAGGUCUUUACCUGAUUCUAAGGCGCAACCGCGCCCAGCGCAUCCAUUAUGCCGCCUGGGUCAUUCUGGCCAACUACAUUUUCUGGCUUAUCGGAGGCGUGGGCCAGUGGUCUACUCGUGGAAUGACGACGGGCUAG